AAGGUGCAGCCAAAACUCAAAAACUUCUCUUAACAACCCUCCUCUCUCAACUCCUGACACCAUGGCCUGCUGUUCCACUAGCUUCUGUGGAUUUCCCAUCUGUUCCACUGGUGGAAACUGUGGCUCCAGCUGCAGCCAGCCAACCUGCUGCCAGACCAGCUGCUGCCAGCCAACCUGCCUCCAGACCAGUGGCUGUGAGACCGGCUGUGGCAUUGGCGGCAGCAUUGGCUAUGGCCAGGUGGGUGGCAGCGGAGCUGUGAGCAGCCGCACCAGGUGGUGCCGCCCUGACUGCCGCGUGGAGGGCACCAGCCUGCCUCCCUGCUGUGUGGUGAGCUGCACAACCCCCUCCUGCUGCCAGCUGUACUAUGCCCAGGCCUCCUGCUGCCGCCCAUCCUACUGUGGACAGUCCUGCUGCCGCCCAGCCUGCUGCUGCCAGCCCACCUGCACUGAGCCCAUCUGUGAGCCCAUCUGCUGUGAGCGCACCUGCUAAAAGCAAGGCUGCUGAUUACUUAAGAAUGAAAGGGGAAGUAGAACAAACCUGUGCUGAUCUCUGAGGAACCAUUCAAUUUUUCAUGGAUGCUAAGUAUCGCGAAGUUUCUAAGCUGCUCAGAAAUGAAAGUCUUAGGACACUUUUGAAUGUUCUGCAAUAGCGCACUGAAAACAGGCCUCAACCACGGUGUCUGGAUUUCCUGCCUUGCUUGAGCAGAGUACCAGACUCGAGUAGCUCUUCAUUUCAGUGACAUCUCUGAUCUCUUUCCUCUCUCUUGAUUCCCACAUAUUUUCAGACCUGCUUUCUCCUUCAAUAUCCCCUGUUAAUUUCAAAUAAAAUAUUUAAACUUGCAAAGCAAA